GUGGGGAGAUUGGCCUGACUCCUUCCAUUGAGAUCUUAACCUUCAUUGUCUCCGAUGGUGAGGCUGGCCUCGAUGUGGAAGACUGCUGUUAUGAUGGACCUCUUCCUCCUCCAGUUCUGCUUCAUGAUCUAUUUCCAGUAUAUGACCUUAACAUCACUGUACUUCCAGUGGACAACCAGCCUCCAUCAAUUGAAACUGGUGCAAGGUUUGUGGUGGAGGAGGGCUCCUCAGCAGCCCUUACCACCUACCAUUUGUUUGCCGCUGACCCUGACACCACUGCAGAUGACUUAGAGUUUGUCUUGGUUUCUUCUCCUCAGUUUGGUUACAUUGAAAAUAUACUGCCUUCUCCUGGGUUUGAGAAGAGCAACAUUGGCAUAAGUAUAGCUUCAUUUCAGCUAAAGCACCUAAUAGCUCUGAACAUAAACUAUGUACAAGCCAGGCAUAUGCGAAUGGAGCCAACAGCAGACCACUUUGUAAUUUAUGCCACUGAUGGGCUGCAUCGCUCAGCAGAGACCCCAUUUUCCGUGCUGAUCAACCCUAUCAAUGAUGAAGUCCCAGAAUUCAUAACAAGGAAUAUUACUGUUCACGAGGGGGAAAUGAAAGAGCUGGACCUUUCUGUUAUCAACGCAGUUGAUCUGGAUGUGCCUCAAGACCGUUUGGUAUUUGGGGUUGUGCAGAGGCCCUGGCAUGGGUUCCUUAUUAAUGGAGUUCAUGGCAAUGAUAUUCUACACUAUAAACAGUUAAUUAAUCGUGACCACCACAGCCAUGGGUUACUUGUUCGUGACUUUUCCAUGGAGUUACUGAAGAAUGGAAUGAAGCUGAUGUACAUGCAUGACAAUUCGGAAAACCUCACUGACACCUUUAAAAUCCAGCUAUCAGAUGGGAAACAUAAAGUCCUCAGAACCAUUUCAGUAAAGGUCAUUCCAGUUAAUGAUGAGAAACCAAUGCUGAGCAAGAAGGAUGACAUACAGGUGAACAUGGGUGAAACUCGAAUAAUUUCUAGUGCUGUUCUGUCAGCGGAAGAUAAAGAUACCCCCAGGGAGAAAAUCUACUAUUUAUUUGAAAGAAUUCCAGAAAAUGGUCAGCUUCAGCUCAAGGUCAGCCAAGGCUGGAUGACUCUCCAAACUGGAAUGAAAUGCACUCAGAAAGAACUAGAUAUGAACCUUGUGAGAUAUGUCCAUACAGGAACUAUAGGGUCCAAGAACCGAGACAGCUUCACAUUUUAUCUAUGGGAUGGGUACAACAGAUCUCCAGUUGUGGACUUCUACAUAAAUAUCAAGGACAUGGAAAAGGGAGACAUUGCUGUUUUCAUAAAACCUCUUAGAGUGUCAAAAGGGGAUCGGGGCUACAUUACAACCAAUGUCCUCCUUGCACUGGAUGGUACUGACAAGCCAGAGGAGCUCCUUUAUGUGAUAACCUCCCCACCCCAAUAUGGGCAAAUAGAGUAUGUCAGCUAUCCUGGCAUCCCCAUUACGAGCUUCAGCCAAAUGGAUGUAGCAAGACAGAUAGUCUGCUAUGUUCAUAACACUAAGGCAGUUGUUCCUGAAGAUACAUUCAGAUUCAUCAUCAGCAACGGACUGAGGACUAAGCAUGGGACAUUCACGAUGUCUUUGGAGGCAGUCGACCAAGCUUUGCCCACGCUAUUUAGGAACACAGGGUUAAGAUUAGUGGAAGGGGCUACGGCACUCCUCUCUCCUGAUGUCCUGCAGCUUUCAGACCCAGACACUGCCAAAGAAAACCUUACCUUCCUCUUGGCUCAGCUUCCCCAGUACGGUCAUCUCUAUUAUCGGGGGUCUGUGCUACUGCACUACAAUUUCACCCAGCAAGAUGUGGACAACAGGGAUGUUGCAUACAAGCACCAAGGUGGACAUUCCCACACUGACAGAUUUACAUUUAUUGCAACAGACAGGACUAACCAAGGAUUCAUCAUGAAUGGAAGAGUGCAGAGCGAGCCAGUGGCAUUCACUAUUCAGGUGGAUCAUUUGGACAAAAUGGCACCAAAACCAGUUCAUCUCCAUUGCUUUUCUGAUGUGGAACUGCUGAAGAAUGGCAAUUACGGAAUCUAUAUUACUGCCAGGGCUCUGAAGGCAUCUGACCCCAAUACAGAAGAUGACAAUAUAAUUUUUAAGAUUUUACGAGGUCCUCAUCAUGGCUACCUGGAAAAUGUAACAACAGGUGGAUUUAUUCAGGAAUGGUUUAGCCAAAAGGAUUUAAACAGCAAAAUCAUACUUUACGUCAUCAAUCCAUCGCAGGAAGCGAACUCAGACAGCUUGGAGUUUCAAGUCACAGAUGCCAGUGGAAACUCUGCGGUGCCCCAAAG